AUGGCGGGGCCGCGGGGCUUGGCGCCUUCACCUUUCUUCCUCCGCUCCCUUCAGCCGAGGCCGCGGCGCUCUUACCCCGCCUCCCGCCUCCCUGAGUCACCGGCGGCGGCUGCCGUUUCCAGCCGCCCAGCCGACUCUAGCUCUGACUUGGUUCAAGAGCUCUCACAAGACACGCACAGCCUCCCGGGUCCGCCCCCUCGGAGCCGCUUCCACCGGUCAUUGGCUGAGUCCGAGGAGCUGGGCGAGACCAGUAGGGAAAGAGCCCAUCACCAUUGGCCGUCCGAGGGAGGGCGGGGCGAGAGAAAAAAACAAUUCCUUGGCUGCCUCCUCCCUCUCCCCUCCCCCUUCCGACUCUCGGACGACCCCCAUUACGUGAAAGUACACCGAGCGAAAGGGGUGAGGGAGGUGCAGAGUCAGCGGGGGAGGGAAGGGACUGGAACGUGCGGUUUGAAGCGUACUCAGCUAGAGGGAGGAGCGACAGUGCUCGAGAGGUUCGUGCGCAGGCGCUUCGCGGAGCAAAGGCUGGAGCUUGGGCUGAUGGGCGAAAUGGCCGCGGGAGGCGCAGGCGCACGUGGUGAUGAUCAUGGAACGUCUGAAGUCCGCCAUUUUGAAGGAAAAAUGAAGAAAGGCAUGGAGUCACUGGGAAAUGAUAUUAAUUAUAUCUAA